CCCAGGCCACGCCCACUGGCCUGACCGCGCGGGAGGCUCCCGGAGACCGUGGAUUCUUACUCCUGCUGUCGGAACUCGAAGAGGUCUCCGCUAGGCUGGUGUCGGGUUACCUGCUCAUCUUCCCGAAAAUGAUGGCGUUUUGCGCGCUGCGCAAGGCACUGCCCUGCCGUCCCGAGAAUCCCUUUUCUUCGAGGUGCUUCGUUGAGAUUCUUUGGGUGUCGUUGGCCCUAGUGUUCCUGCUUCCCAUGCCCUCAGAUGCCUGUGAUGAGCCACCGAAGUUUGAAAGCAUGCGGCCCCAAGUUUUGAAUACCACUUACAGACCCGGAGACCGUGUAGAGUAUGAAUGUCGCCCCGGGUUCCAGCCCAUGGUUCCUGCGCUUCCCACCUCUUCCGUCUGUCAGGACGAUAAUACGUGGUCACCCCUCCAGGAGGCUUGUCGACGAAAAGCCUGUUCGAAUCUACCAGACCCGUUAAAUGGCCAAGUUAGCUACCCAAAUGGGGAUACUCUGUUUGGUUCGAAGGCUCAGUUUACCUGUAACACUGGUUUUUACAUAAUUGGAGCCGAGACUGUGUAUUGUCAGGUUUCUGGGAAUGUUAUGGCCUGGAGUGAGCCCUCCCCGCUAUGUGAGAAGAUUUUGUGUAAACCACCUGGCGAAAUUCCAAAUGGAAAAUACACCAAUAGCCAUAAGGAUGUAUUUGAAUACAAUGAAGUAGUAACUUACAGUUGUCUUUCUUCAACUGGACCGGAUGAAUUUUCACUUGUUGGAGAGAGCAGCCUUUUUUGUAUUGGGAAGGACGAGUGGAGUAGUGACCCCCCUGAGUGUAAAGUGGUCAAAUGUCCAUAUCCAGUAGUCCCAAAUGGAGAAAUUGUAUCAGGAUUUGGAUCAAAAUUUUACUACAAAGCAGAGGUUGUAUUUAAAUGCAAUGCUGGUUUUACCCUUCAUGGCAGAGACACAAUUGUCUGCGGUGCAAACAGCACGUGGGAGCCUGAGAUGCCCCAAUGUAUCAAAGAUUCCAAGCCUACUGAUCCACCUGCAACCCCAGGACCAAGCCAUCCAGGACCUCCCAGUCCCAGUGAUGCAUCACCACCUAAAGAUGCUGAGAGUUUAGAUGGAGGAAUCAUCGCUGCAAUUGUUGUGGGCGUCUUAGCUGCCAUUGCAGUAAUUGCUGGUGGUGUAUACUUUUUUCAUCAUAAAUACAACAAGAAAAGUUUGCCUGUUAGCGUCCGUGUCCUAUGCUGGGAGUGGCAGUGUGUCUCCCCAUCCCACAGCCAGCAACCCUGAGGGGCUUCUCAGGAUUUCAGAAGUGGCUCAUCUGUGUAAGGAAAACAGAGAUUAAUGCUUCAUACAGCACCUACCAGGAUAAAGCAGCCGCUCCAGCAGAAUAGACGGACUAAAUGACUUCCACAAACCCUUGAAAAUGAAGGAAAUCUCAGCAUUUGAGAGAAAGACCUUGAGGAGCUAGGGCCUCCUUUUUUCAUAUGGAAAAGACAAGUUCUGUAUGACCUCACAUGUAGAAUCAAAAACAUUUUUCUAUGGCAAAGGAGAUUGGCUUGAAGGGGUGGGGGCGGGGGGGGGUGGUUGGGGAAGGAUUGAGUGAAGGCGGGCAGAAGGCAUAUACCUUUUAUACUUUUUCACCUGUAAGAUAAACAGGGACUGUACAGCUUAGUGACUCCAGUUUGCGAGUAAUACUGUAUAUUGGCCGGUUGCUAGGACAGCAGAUAUUUAAAUCUGUAAUCAGCUAGAAGAAAACCAGGUCUGUGUAGGUCUGUGCAGUGAUGGAUGGUAACUAAACUUUAAUUGUGAUCAUUUUACAAUAAGACAUUAUCAAAUCCUGCUGUACAGCUGAAGCUUACACAAUGCUGUAUGUCAAACAUGUCUCAGUACUGAAAGAAAAAAAAUCGGUAACAAUUAUUUCCUGGCUUCUGACAGUAUCAGGAGUAGAACUGCUAAACUGUAAUGCUAACAUUUUACUGGGGCUGGAGUGUGGUCACCACCCUUUGUGCUUCUUUGAGACGUGUAUGAGUUUAGGUUUGAACCUCUUGUUUUCCGUCAAGUGACACUUGUAUUUGCAGGGCAAGCCAACACAGUAUCCCCGGGUGUUAGGGUGGGCAAAUAUUGCUUCUCUGCAAUCUUUGAACUCAGAGAAAUGGCAUUCAAGAUGAUGAUAUUUACAUUUCAUUUGUAAAGAAAGCGAUGUUGAAAAUUUUUCUGUUCAAAGGUUCACGCCAACCCUUUAGGUUCAUUCAUCUACAGUCCUAAAAAUGUCUUUUACGUAUGUGUGCACACUUUUUUUUACAAAUGUGUGUGUGCACUGCUUCAGCCCUUAGUAAAAGUAAGAAUACUGAACACUGAGAAUUUAAACACAUUUGUCUUCCUAAUAAUGAUUAUCGGAAAAUACUCUUAAAGUUAAUGGGGUAAAACUGUAUUUUAAAAAGUUAUUUGUAUCUUCUUGGCGACUGAGAGAAGCUAUAAAGUGUAUACAUGGCAGUCACCCUUUUCAAUAGCAGGAAGGCAGUCUCAAGUAAUCAAAAAGAACUCAGCAUCCGUUCCAGGCUUCUAGAAACAGUUGGAGGGCUCUAACACCCACAGCAAGAGUGCCGGCCGAGUCCAAAGCGGCCUCCAGUUCUCCUUAAGAGAAUCCCACUCUUUAGAGGAUGAGAAAUCCACUCUAAAUUCUGGCCAUCGGUGGCCUUCCCUCCCAACUUGAAUAGGCGUCUCGUAGGGAAAACGUGUCACCCACAGGUAGGCAGUUAAUGUAGAGAAAGUUCAUCAGAGCAGGUCACGUCGCCGCGUCCGUAAAGCACAGAGUGAAGAUGAAGCCACGUGUUUCAGAAGAGCAAACUUACCUCUGCGGCUCCCCUGCCGCCCAUGCAAAGGGAGGAAAAGAGCCAACAGCCCAGGUGGCCCUUGAUGUUCAGGUGACACAGAUCCCGGCCCUCUCCUCUGUCCUCACACCUGGCAGGGACUCUUUCCAAAGAGCCAGAGGCCGAAGAGGAUGGCCUGCCCUUCCAAUUCAGCUAAAACUCUUGCAUCUACGCUUUUAUACUUGGUAGCUCAGGUUGGGCCAGAGAAGCGUUGCCUCGAGAGAGGAAUAUGAGGAAUCAAGCGUGGAACCGGGGGAAAUGAUGUGACCCUCUAAGGACGUGUUUCUAAGACGCUGUAAGUGCUGCUUCUCUUUGCAAGGAUUCUGCAGUAACCAAGUAGAAGUUUGGACCUGCUUUCACAUACUUUUCAAGGAGGUAGCACUUUCUUGGAAGCAAGGGAUGUCGCUGUCGUUCUUAUUUCUUCAAAACCCUUCAAGGAGUGUUUGCAACCAAAGACGUGCGCUUACCAAAACAGACUUUCGUAGUUUCCACUUCAGAUUCAGUCUUUCCACUUUAAUAUAUUUAUAUGUGAGACUGAAAUGGGUGUGUAAGUAUAUAUGUUCUGUUUGUCAAAGCAUUUGUCACUUACCGAAACAUAUGGGGAAACCCCUGCUCUCUAGAAAUGUGAGAGGGAAAAAAGUGUAUUUGAAUUUAAAGCGCUUGUAAACCUGCAGGAAUAUAUUCGUACUAGAUGGAUACGUGCUGUGUAUUAUUGUUCAUUUUGUGAAAGUUGUAUCUUCUCACCUGCUAUAAAAGAUGUACUUUCAGAGCA